AUGUCAGAAACUGACGCUCUCCAACAAGCCCUUGGUGCAUUCCAGUCUUUGCACGCCAACGCGAGUCCAGCACUCGGAGACGUGUUGAGUGCCUAUCGACUCAAGGGUGAUGGUGACCGCGAGAUGCUCCUCGCCGUGCUCAAUGCAAAGGCAGCAGAAGAUCAGCGUGCAGCCGCCGUUGCCCAAUUGCACCAGUCGAUCCUCCAGGCUGCCUAUACCAACGCCAUGCUCCGGGUCGCCCAACAGCAACAGCCGCAACAAUCUCUAUCUCAACAGCAGCAGUCUCACUAUCAUCCCUACGCCUCGCCACGCUCAGAGCCCAGUCCGCGGAUGCAACUGCACGAGCGACCGGCAAAGCGCAGACGAGAUAGCUCGUCGACCAACACGACAACGAGUGCGAGCAUAAGCUCGCCACCUCUUUCGAACAAUGGUACUCUUGGGGGCACACGGUUGCCACCCAUCAUGAGCAUCAGCUCCCUCACCUCGCCUGCUCAUUCGAACAAAUCGAUGUACCGCAUGGACGUCGAGGAAUCACAUCGUCCGCAUAAACAACAACAGCAGCGACCAGAGAACCCCAGGACGUUCUCUUACCCUCAUUCGCCGCCUUCGACUGGUUCCGACUCGGAAACUCGAAGGUCAUUGGAGAGGUUGAGCGCAGAACGGAGCACAUCAUAG